CUUGGUUCACCCUUCCAGCCCGUCGCACCGUCGAUCGUCGUGUAGUUAGUUAUUGAAUUGCGAUAUCGAAUAUAUAUCCGAGUCCGCCAUGAAGUUUUACCUGUUGCUCAUUGCUGCCGCCUCGUUUUUGGCCUACAUCAGUUGUGGCAUGGCCGAGACUCAAUCGAAACGCUCCGUUCCACUCGCUCAAUUCGCAGAUGGCUGCAUCCAGUGCCACUCGAAGGACAACGAACGCUGCGCCACCAAUCCCCUGAGCCUGCUCAAUCGCAACUGCUCCGACGGCUCCUCCAACUGCUACUCCCGCGUCCAAGAUGGGUACACCAUUCGCGGCUGCGCCGUCGACCUGGACAACGCCACCCGGAACGCGUGCAACAACGAGCUGAUCUGCCAGCUGUGCACCUACAGCGAGGGCUGCAACCGGAACACCUUCCCGGUGACCCGCCUGCAGUGCCUGCAGUGCUCCGGCAACUCGACCUCCUCGCGCUGCGCCACCGAAACGUACGUGUCCGCCGAGAUCUGCCCGCUGUACAAGUUCGGCGACAAGUGCUACAUCCGCAACAGCAACCGCACCGUGGACGGGUCCUUCCAGCGCGGCUGCCUCACCUCGGCCAACGCCCAGAAGCAGUGCGUCAAGGAUGGCAACUGCUACACGUGCGACGGACGCGGCUGCAACUUCCUGCUGGCCAACGACACGCACAUUCCGCUGGCCCGCGACUCCGGCGCCCAGUUGGUCAUGUCCAUGUCGCUGCUCAUCGGCGGCCUCCUCGCCGCCUGGCGCCUCUAAGCUGCGGUCCACGGACGCCGCCAGUCAAUCCUGCCACCUACCCAGUUCUUUUGGAAUACACCCCCGCAUCCACCCUCUCCAUCCCUUUUUUUUUAGCUGCAUUAUAAUGGGUUGUAUCCUUAACUUUUUUUAAAAGAACUCUGCGUUUGUUAUCUGUUUGCUUUGCACAAAAAUAAAGCUAGAUAAACUGAA